AUGAGGUCGGUAGCUAUAUAGCUAUUGUAGGUUCCUCUUUCCAUCAAGGUUGCUCCCCUCCCUGCAUAUCGAGGUACAGUACGGCUUUCGCAAUGGUCUCUUUCCGUCUCACGGCCCUUGCGGCAGCCGCUGGGCUCGCCAGCUUUGCAUAUGCGCAGACCUUCCAGCGUCUUGGUGGUUGCCCGACACUAGGCUGCGUUUUCCCACCUGACCAGCAGGACUUCCUCGCAGGUCAGUUGUUCGACAUCCGGCUCGAGGUUCACGCACCAGUCAAUGGCUCCGAGGCCUUCAAUGGCGGCCGCCCAGACCAGAACUUCACCUUCUUCGUCAGCAAGGUCGGCGAGACCCCGGUGCCCGCUGCGCAGUUCUUCGGCGUGCAAGAGCCGCGAUUGGAGACCUGGAACUUCACCUACUACACCGAUCUGUUCGCUCGGGAUGCACGUGCUGUGACACCAGUGAACGUGGCCGCGAAGGCCUACCGUCGCGUUGCGCUUUUUGAGCCGGGUGUCUAUGCUGCCACUCUGCGUUACUACAACGGCACGCAGACUACGGCGUACUGGACUGUUCGUGACAUUGCCGCCGUCCGCCGGACAAAGAACAUCCUGCUCUUUAUUGGAGAUGGCAUGACCACCAACAUGAUCACGGCUGCUCGUCUGAUCGCUCACAAGCAGAUCAAUGGAAGGUACCAAAGUUUAAUGGGCAUGGACCAGAUGCCGGUUAUUGGACACCAAAUGACGCACUCUCUCGACUCUUUCAUCACCGACUCCGCCAACUCUGCCACGGCUUUGUACACUGGCCACAAGAGCACAGUCAAUGCAUUGAACGUCUACGUAGACUCCUCUCCUGAUGUCUUUGACGAUCCCAAAGUCGAAACGAUCGCUGAGAUGUUCUACCGCCUAUACCAAGGCCAUGUCGGCAUUGUUAGCACUGCCUUCAUUGCUGAUGCCACACCUGCCGCCCUCACAGCCCAUACGCGUGACCGUGGCCAGUACGGCGCAGUCAUUGACUCUUUCAUCCACGGUAUCGUGAACUACACAUGGACCGCAUGGAACGGUCCAGAUGUCAUCUUCGGUGGCGGCGCUGAGCAGUUCUGCGCGCCUAGCCUCGGCGGUGUCACCUAUCAAGGCCAGGACUACUACAAUGUGUUCAACCGGUCCGGUUACACCGUCGUCCAGAACAACACUUCACUGCAGCGUGCAUCGAACAGCAGCCGGAUCCUUGGUAUCUUCUCCGUCUCGAACAUGGCGAAGUGGCUGGACCGCAACGUCUACACCGCCAACUACGGCGGGCAGAAGAAUAGUCCUGACUGCCGUGGCGGUAACGCCACUGAUCAGCCUGGACUCAAGGAGAUGACUCUGAAGGCUAUUGAUGUCCUCCAGACCCGUGCGAACAGCAGCGGCAACAAUGGUUGGUUCAUCAUGUCCGAGGCAGCCUCCAUCGACAAGCAGAUGCACACACUCGACUACGACCGCGCGCUUGGCGAGCUUCUCGAGCUCGAUGACACGCUGAAGGCUUCUAUCAACCACCUGAGCCAGCUUGGCGUUCUCAACGAUACAUUGGUCCUUGUCACCGCCGACCACGGUCACGGCUUCGAUGUGUUCGGCAGCUCUGAUUCUCAAUACAUGAAUGCCCAGCGCACUGAUCGCGCCAAGCGCAAUGCUAUUGGGACAUAUGCCAACUCAGGCCAGUCUCAGUACAUCAACACCGGCAGCCUUUCAUACGGUUCAAGCAACUUCCCAAGCAACUGGGACCCGCGCUACACGCUCGCUCAGGGCUUCUCUGCCAACCCGGACCAUCGCGAGGAUUACCAAGUCCACAAGAAUGGUCCUCGCCUGCCGGCUACCAACAUUACUGGGUUCCCGGCAACCGACUACUACGUCAACCCGACCGACAGCCCGACUGGCUUCGUCGUGAACGGCACUCUCCCUACCAACGCCGACCAGGGUGUCCACUCCCUCACAGACGUUCCGGUCUACGCUCUUGGUCCCUGCCAAGAGAUCUUUGGCGGCAGCUACAACUCUAUCGACGUGUUCUACAAGAUGGCGACUUGCCUUGGUCUUUCGCGCCCGAACGCUGUCUCGUCGGGAUCGGUAGCAGGUUCCAAUGGUCAGGGUGGCCAUUACGGCGGUCAAGGCAACCUUGGCAAGGAUUACCAGGGUAUCACACAAUACCGUCAGUACAACGAGAGCUCGCCGAGGUACGGUGUAUAGAUGUGGUACGAAAAGUAGAGUAUGAACGGAAGGGAGCCGGAGGCUAGACAUGAUGCAGGGCUUCCCAAAGCGAUUAACGAAAGUGAAUGAUGUACAGGAGUGCAAAGUGCUCAUAAAAGCAUAAUCAAAAAACGCCGAGACCAUUAGGUCUGGUGUAUGUAUCGAUCGCUGUCCACUGGGGCAGUGAGAACAUGUCACAUUCCCGCUUGUUGCUUUAAUGUACUCGAGCCACAA